AUGAAGUAGAUCUUCGUAAAGACCGGUCUGUUCUCAUUUGGCAAAAAGUUAAAUGAUAUCAGGAAAAAGGCUAUGGAGAAGCUGAAACUCGCAUGGGAGAAGAAGAAGGCGGAAAUUGAACAGAAGAUAAAGAUGAUCCUAGACAGAAGAGACAAUACUGUUGAAGAGAAAGACUCGCUAGUCGAUAUCAACGCAAGGAGCAACAUCGGAAAAGACCUCUUCCAGAGUGAUAUCCUCUUGACAAAGAAACAAACAGAAGAACUCGAGGCAGCUGUCGACGGAACAACCAGCCGAGAAAGGAGACAAGCGUUCAGAGACCAAAAUUAUCCAAAUACUACAUGGCCAAACGCAAAAGUCUACUAUAAAUUCGACGAAAGCGCAGACUACAUCACUAAAAAGAUCUUUGUAAUGGGAACUCGACAAUGGCAAGAUGUGUCGUGCCUCCGAUUCUUCUAUGAUGAUAAAAACACAUCUGAACACAGUAUCGUGUUGAUCAAGGAGGAAGGUUGCUGGUCGUACGUGGGACGCACUGGAGGCGAACAACCUCUUUCACUCGGAGUGGGCUGUGAGGAGGUUGGAACUGCGACCCAUGAACUCGGUCAUGCUCUUGGUCUUUUCCAUACAAUGUCUCGUUACGAUCGAGAUGACUUCAUAACUAUCGCUUUGGAGAAUGUUCGAGAGGAUUUCGUAGACCAAUACAUCAAGGAGACGCCUGAAACCACCACCAACUAUGGCCUUACCUAUGACUACGCCAGUAUCAUGCACUAUGGGGCUACGGGAGCUUCCCACAACAAGAAACCUACAAUGAUAGCCUAUGACGUGAACUUCCAAGAAUCAAUGGGCUCGCACAUCCUGUCAUUCAUAGACAAAUCCAUGAUCAACGACCACUACAACUGCAAAGCCAACUGCAAACAUGUAAGGCCUGACCAGUGCAAGAAUGGUGGAUUCCCUCACCCAAUGAAAUGCCAUGAAUGCAUUUGCCCCAGUGGCUACGGUGGUCCUUAUUGUGACCAAAGACCUGCUGGAUGCGGUAGUACGUUGACGGCGAAACAGAGCAAGCAGUUCCUCAUUGACAAACUCGGCUUCGGCGGUCCCGUCAGGGAAGAAUUUACUUUCUGCAACUACUGGAUUGAGGCCCCGCAAGGGAAGAAGGUAGAAGUGAAGAUUAACUCAAUCUCCCAUGGCUACGCUUAUGAUGGUUGCAUUCUGGGAGGUGUUGAAAUCAAAUCCAACCAAGAUCAAAUCCGAACCGGCUACCGGUUAGUUCUCAAGGUCCUCAUCAACUUACGAGUGACAAGUUUCCUUUUCCAGAUUCUGCUCACCAAAUGA